CCAGCUUGGGCCUCGACCUAGCGCCAUGAAGCUUUAAAAGCUGAGUCAUGGAGGAGGUUUCUCCAGCUCAUUCAAGGACAUCGAAAUAUGCAUCAUUCAGUCCCAGCCGAAAGGAGGAGGACCAGCAGAAGGUUGGUACGGUGGAAAUCACCUACCUCGAUCCGGUAUCGCAGAAGCUUUCAAAUACGGAUGUAUUCCUCGAUCCAGAGUCAUGGUCAAGAAGGCACAAUGAAAUGCGAUUUCUGGUCAGCGCUGAUUUAGUGAACCUGGUGUGUGAAUCGCAUGUAGCACGUCAAGCCCGCUUCAGGAAAGCCAAGAAGAGAUUGGAGCAAGCGCGCUUGGCCUUUCUUGUCGACCUUUGGAAGCUGAGGGGUCUUGUUGAGCGCAUGACUCGAGCAGCAGAAGAGGAUCUCUCUGAGGACUCUGCAGGUGUCCUGUCAGAGGCAACCCACAUCCAUUUUUUCGUGCCUGAACUUUACUUUGACGAUUACACCUUGGAAUGUCUGAAACGCGCCAGCGAUGUUUUUCAAAAGCAUUUGCUCGAUGAGAUGAAAAUCAUGCAGGAACGUUUGGAUUUGCUUGGUGGCAAGAAUUGGCGGAAUUUGCUUGGCUACGCACUGAAGUUCAUGGCUACUACUGAGAUUGGUUCCAUGCUUAUGGAUGCCAUCCCAAAUCCCAAGACUCGAAGAAUGGUGGAGAAUGCCAUCACACGCGGUGUGUGGGAUCAAAUGGAUGAGCUGCAGCCUGUGGUGGAAGAAUUGGAAGAGGAAAUGGAAGCCUACAAUGCACGCUUUGACUCUGUGCAAGAUGAUAUUGCAAGGCAACUCGCAAAUAUCAGCAGCUACAAUGAGCGACACGUGCAGGCAGUGACGAGACUGGAGGAAAAGGAGCCAGAAAUACCAGCAGAUUCUGACUCAGAGGUGCCAGAAGUUGAGGAGGAGGAAGAAGAAGAUGAAGAGGAGGAUUCAGAGGAAGACGAGAGUGCUACCUCCAGCACCGCAGCUUGGGAUGAGGAGGAAGAGAUUCGGAAGUUUAUCGCUAUGCAAGGACAAGCUCCCUCGAAAGCUCAGCUGAAGAAGAUGAAAAAGACCCAAAUGCGUGAUGCGAAGAUCGCAAAGUUGAAGAAUGAUAAAGCGGCAAAGGAGAAAGAGAUUAAAGGCCAGUCAGAUGCCAAGAUCAAGGAAUUGCUACAGAGAUGGGAGAAGAAAGUUGCAUCCGCGCAGGAGGAGCUAAAGGUAUUGGAGCCUUCUCUACAGCAAGCGGAGGAGUUGAAAGUUGAGCCCGUGGAUGAGGCACUACUUGAGCAGAGCGCUCAAGCCAAAAAGAUGGAAGAAGAAGCGGCAAAGCUCACUCAACAAGUAGAGAAGCAGCAGCAAAAAGUGCAAAUUUUGCAGGAAGAAGUAAAGGAGGAGGAAGUGAAGGUGCAACAAGAAGAAGAGGAGGUGCAAGAACUGGUCCAAGAGGUUGCCGUGCUUCCACCCCCUGAUCCGCGAUGGGGUCUUCUCAAAACUCUUGGUGAGCAACAGGUUGAGCUCAUGAAGAAAAGCAAAAUCAGUCAGGAAAAGAUAACGAAAAUUACCGGACGAGUGAAGCUUCUCAAAAUGGAACUUAAAGAGCUUUGCAAGAUUCUGGGUGUGUCUUUCGAAGAGUCUUCUUCUGAUGAAGAGGAGGAUGAAGACAAACCCUAUUGGCUACGGAAAAAGCUUGCAAAAAAGACGGCCUCUGAACGAACACCUUUUAAUAACCAUCACUUCCUUGAUGAUGAGAAGAAUGCAUUGCAGAAGCGCUUAAAAAGGCGAAUGAAGCAGCAGAAGCUGAAAGAAGCAGCGCUGUUGCUAGGGCGACUGUCAGCUGCACGGAGGACCCAAGAGCAUUCUGCAAGUGACGCAGGAACUGAAAGUAAUGUUUUGCCUUUUUGGCAAGACAUGGCGUGUUGUCCUGUGCCAGAGGGCGAAGUCAUGAAGAACGAGGAUGAUGUCACAAGAAGCUUGCAGUUGUUGAAAGAUACCUUGGAAACAACUCUGAGCCAUGUCCAAAAGGACUGCAAAUCUGCUGGGGACAAGCCGCGCUUGGAUGGAGAGCUACGCAAGCUUAUCCCCCAACGUCAGGAUGCAAAAGGUCUCUCACGACAAUCAGCAGAGUCUGAGCUUUGGCUGUCAAGCUCUCGUAUGUCAAGUCACAGCAUUGUGCCAAUGGGGGAGAGCUCCCCACAAUCGCAAGAUGGUGGCUUGCAACGCGACUGUGUCUUGGGUCCCGCUCGCCAUGAACGCCUGGAUCUCAAGCGUCGCCCGGAGGGACUGGCACCAUCGGCACCCUCCCGUGGAGCCGGCGCCGGAAGCACCACCUCUGUGGACUUUGGCUUCCGCCCCGAUGGGGCUGGUGAGGAAUCCGUUGAAAGCUGGUCGCUCUUCAAGGUCAACAAAGGACAGAGCGACUCAAGCGGCUUUCCAAUUGAAAAGCCACCACUGCGUGCCUCCUUGUCCAGCGAGCGAGUAAUUCAGCCGAGGCCCAGAUUGGAUACGGCAGCAUCCUGCGACUUCGGUGAAUAUGUGUCUCAACUUCAACAAAGCCGUGGAGCGUGGCACAGCAAAUCUGCCACCGACUUGUCCAAAAACAGAACACCAUGUUUACCCGACCUGAUCAACACCAAGUGUCAACAAAAGUUGACGGCCCUUGACUGGUCGCAUGGCCCACUUCGCCGCUGGAAAUCUGACCGACGGAGGUUGAAUGCAACAGACCGAGCCACAUGAAAUGCAGCAAAAUGUGCAUGUCAGGUUAGAUGACACUCUGGACGAGAUAAACUGCUGUGUGCAAAACUGU